UGAAAAUUCUAUUUAAAUCAACUCAUAGCCGUGGCUACCGUAGUCUCUCGAGCACUGAGCAGCGCGCGCCUGCAACGAAAUAAUAUCAACGCAAAGAUGUCGAUAGUUCCGAUGAUGUUCCGUGACUGGUGGGACGACUGGGAACGCCCCUCCCGUCUUUUGGACCAGCACUUCGGCAUGGGCCUCCGCAAGGACGACCUGCUGUCCUCCCUCUCCUCUCUCCCAUCCAGCUCCCUCUUCAGGAACUCCUACUUCAGACCCUGGAGGACCAGCCUUGCCAGGCAGGAGUCCGCCUCAACCAUUAACAUGACCAAGGAGAAAUUCGAAGUCAUCUUAGACGUGCAACAAUUCGCUCCUGAGGAGAUCACCGUUAAAGCGACGAACAACUGCGUGGUGGUCGAAGGCAAGCACGAGGAAAAGCAGGACGAACACGGCUUCGUGUCCCGUCAAUUCACACGCCGGUACAUCUUACCAUCUGGCUAUGACACUGCGGACCUCGUCAGCACACUCUCAUCUGACGGAGUGCUCACAAUUGCCGCUCCCAAGCGCCCCCCACCUAACAGUGGGGAAAGAAUCGUACCAAUCACGAAAACCGGCCCAGCCAAGCAACCUGAACUCCCCAAGACGGAACAGCCCAGAGAGCAAACCGUACCAAUCGUCACAUCCCCUUAAAUCAAUCAAGUGCCACGAGACUUCGAUGUAAAAUCGAUGCAACGAUCGAAUCAUGAAUAGCAUUUAUUUUUAAACCCGAUGUUGGCCAACAACGGGAAUUGAUUCGAAAACGAAUUAGAUAAUGUAAUGAAAACAUCACUUAAAAUGUAUAAAAUGUAAUAAACGAUGUUGUAAUACUUUUUA